AUGGCUGAUUUCAAAACAAAAUAUUCCGGAGUUUCAAGUCACCCAAUCGGAUCUCCGGGGGGGACGGUUCUGAAAGAAGCGAGAAAGAAGAAAACAAUUAAGAUCGGUACAAGGAACGUUAGAUCCCUGUACGAAGGAGGAAAAAUUCACAAUGUACUCCAAGAAAUGCAACGACUUGAAGUUAACAUAAUGGGACUGAGCGAAACCAGAUGGCCAGACCAAGGUGAAAUGCUAGUUGAACAUUCAAAAAUAUACUAUUCAGGCAACAACGAACAGCAACAUAGAAAUGGAGUUGCAAUAGUUGUACACAGAAAUCUCAUAAAUUUAGUAACCAGCUUCACACCCAUAUCAGAUAGAGUGAUUAUGAUAGGAGUAAAAACAGCGCAAAGAACACUCAACAUAAUUCAAGUAUAUGCUCCCACGUCUGAGAAAGUCGAAGAAGAAAUUGAUCAAUUUUAUGAUGACGUCCAACAAGCUCUAGAUAUCACAAAAAACAGAGAUAUUACAGUCAUUAUGGGAGACUUCAAUGCAAAGAUAGGGAAAGGUAAAGUGGAUGAUAUUAUUGGAGAUUUUGGACUGGGAAUAAGGAACGAAAGAGGAGAUAGAUUGACAGAGUUCUGCCAAGAACAGGAUAUGGUAAUCACAAACACCUACUACAAGCUGCAUGAAAGACGAUUAUAUACAUGGAAAUCGCCGGCUGAUAAAGACAACAAAAUUAUAAGAAAUCAGAUAGACUAUGUUUUGAUAAAGAGGAGAUAUCGGAAUACCAUCAAAUCGGCUAAAACCUACCCGGGUACGGACAUCGGGUCAGACCACAAUCCUGUGAGAGCAAAAUGGAAAUCCGGCUGA